GUUUGUUCUUUGUGCCCACUAAUAAUACAUUGGACGUUGUACCCACUAAUAAUACAUUGGAUGUUGGAUUCAUUCUUGAUUCUUGUUGCUUACUAAUAUAUUGGACGUUGAAUUCAUUCUUGGUACCCACUAAUAUAUUGGAUGUUGGGUUUGUUCUUAGUGUAAUAAUAUAUUGGAUGUUGGAUUCAUUCUUAGUUCCUACUAAUAUAUUGGACGUUGG